UUUCCCCCGGCGCGCGCUGAUUGGCGGGUUCGAGGAAACGUCAUCAGUGAGCGACGCCAUUUCUUGCUGCUCUGGACCGAGCCCGAGCGCUUUUUUUAUGUUGUGUUUAACGUUAAAAACCAGACCGCUUUAUUUAUAAAUCAGAUGAAUCGAGUAAUCGCGAAGACUUUGCACGCCAUGGUGCACGAGGCUGCGGCUAAUCACCGCGCGAAAACCGCCGUCGUUUUCGACCCCGGCGCGGCGCGCGCGACCUGUCUGACCUAUAGAGACCUCGUAGCUCUAGGAAACGAGCUGUGCAGCAAUCUGCACGGAGCAUUGGAAGAGGACGGGAACAGGCACGUCAUCGGUGUGUUCUGUGACGUCAACCUCUUACUCCCGGUCUGGAUCUUUGGUGUCCUGCAGGUGCCCGCUGCCUAUGUUCCUCUGGACCCAGUCUCUCCACCUCUGUUCACCAUAAGAAUAAUGGACAGAUGCCAUUUGAAGUUCGGCUUGAUACAGAGCACCCUGCUGCAGCAAUUCCAGAGCGCCUUUUCUGGUUUACUGUCAACGGAAGUAUUGGCAACCUGGUCAGCUCUUAAUCUUACUUUAGUAAAGCUUCACAAAAAUGUGCUGAUGUCACCUGAAGGAAGCAGCGCAGAGCAGGAGAGACCGCGUCCCAGCGCUAAUGGUCCUGGGAAGGAACGAGACGCUCAAGAGUUAGCAUACAUCUUGCACACAUCUGGAACGACAGGGCUUCCUAAAAUCGUAAAAGUUCCACACAAGUGUAUAGUACCUAAUAUAGUACAUCUCAGCUCCUUAUUCCAGAUGACCGCAGAGGAUGUUGUGUUCCUGGCAUCACCGUUAACCUUUGACCCUUCAGUGGUAGACAUGUUUUUGGCGCUGUCCUCUGGAGCUUGUCUCCUGAUGGUUCCCUCUGCUGUGAGAAGGAUGCCCAACAGACUGGUUAAUGUGCUGUUCAGACGAAACGCCACCACUGUGUUACAGGCCACCCCGACCCUCCUGAGACGCUUCGGUGGACGCGUCCUGCGGGAACAGAUACUCAGUACAGGCUCCUCGCUGAGGGUGCUGGCUCUGGGAGGAGAGGUCUGUCCAUCACUGUUUCUCCUGAAGAGCUGGAGACAAGCCGGUAACAAGACACAGAUUUAUAAUCUCUACGGCACCACUGAGGUUUCAUGCUGGGCUUGUUGCUAUAAACUGCCAGACAAUCUCCUCUCCUCAGACCAUAUGGACAAUGGGUCUGUGCCUUUGGGGGAUCCGCUCAUGGACACUGUUGUGGAAGUGAGAGAUGAGAAUGGACGCCUGGUCACUGAAGGAGAGGGACAGGUCUUCAUAGGUGGUCGGGAGAGGGUGUGCUCCGUAGACGAUGAGAAGACCAUGACUGCUGCCGAAGGAGUGAUGCGCGCUACAGGAGACUGGGUCAUGGUGCACAACUCUUACCUCUAUUAUUUGGGUAGGAAGGACCGGCUGGUGAAACGGCAUGGUCAGAUGCUACACCUGGAUGCCUUACAACAUGCCUUGGAAAGCUUGCCUCAGGUGGAAGCCGCCACAGUGGGUCUGCAUGAGAGCAACAGAUUGGUGGCUUUUGUAGUGCCCGCGAUUAACACGUCUCCUGAACACAGUGACCAGCCCGCAAGCAACACCACAUUUUCUUCUAAAACUCUGGAGAUGGAAGUGCUUCGAGGACUGUCUCAGGUAGUGCCCAGUCACAGCAUUCCAGAUACUGUGCUACUGGUCCCAGCACUGCCGCUCACUAAUCACGGUAAAGUGGCCAUGGAGAAGCUGAUGAGGAUGUAUGAGAGACGGAGAGAGGUUAGCGAUAAGCACGUUGGCGCUGGAGACUUGGAGACGGUUCGAGAAACACUUCAGGCACUAUGGAAGGAGUGUCUAGGUCUUUGUGAUGACGCGGUUGUCGCAGACGACGCACAUUUCAUGUUAAGCGGCGGGGAUUCCCUACAAGCCCUGCGCCUCUUUGAUUGCAUCACUGUUACUAUGGAAACAGCUCCUGCUGGCCUCCUGGAGGUUAUUCUAGACGGCUCUUUUUCAGAUCUCCUGAAACACAUCACAGCAACUCAGCAACAUUUUAUCCAGGCCACAGGCAAACUGAAAAGGCAACCUGGAGAUUCGGCAUCCGUUGUUCCGUCUAAAAGGCACCACACAGACGCUGAGUCAAACUCGGACACUGAGAAGAUUUCACCCUCUGGGGUUUCCUCGGAAAGAGGCAGUAUGGGGUUUGUAGUUGUUCGUAGAGCUGGAGAUGUUGUAUUUGGGGAUUCUUUUCCAAACAGGGAGCAGAGAGCCAAUAACAGUAUGGACAGGAUACAAGAGAAUAAUCAGAGUGCAGAACGCAACAAAGACAAAAGUCAGGACUGUAACGCAGGACGUGGUGUUUCCCCACAACCAGGCCUUAGAAAGGACAGCCCAUCCCUGAGCCUGCGCGUCUGUUGGAGUUCUGACACGGGCAGGUGUGUGGAUGCUUCGCCCGUCUUGCUGGUCGAUCCUAAGCGAGCCACCGUGUUUAUAGGCUCUCACUCGCACAGACUGCAGGCUCUGGAUCUGAGCAGCGGGGAGGUGCUGUGGGAACGUGUGCUGGGGGACCGCCUGGAAUCUUCGGCUGCUGUUUCGAAAUGUGGAACCCUAAUGGCAUUAGGGUGUUAUGAUGGACAGGUGUAUUUUUUGAGCGUGGACUCGGGGGAGACGUGCUGGACGUUUAAGACGGGAGACACAGUCAAGAGUUCUCCUGCUGUUGACCCUCAGACUGGACUGGUUAUCAUCGGUUCCCACGAUGGACAUGUCUACGCAUUAGAACCGCUGGUGAAGCAUUGUGUGUGGAAGUACUACUGUGGGGGUGGUGCGGUGUUUUCCUCUCCCUGCGUUCACUCCUCUCCCAGGCGGCUUUACUCAGCCACACUAAGAGGACAGCUCCACUGCCUCAGUCCGGACAGCGGUGAAGUCUCGUGGACAUACUCGACUGAUGUUCCAUUUUUCUCCUCUCCUUCCUGUUUGGACUCCUGCGUCUGCAUCGGCUCAGUGAACGGACACAUCAGUGCAUUGAGCCAUGAUGGCGAUGUGUUAUGGAGGUUCCUCACCGAUGGCCCUGUCUUCUCAUCGCCGUGCCUAGCCUCAUUUCCACCCGAUCACAGAACAAGACCUGGAGGCCUGACCUCACUAUCUCCAGCUUUUCAAGCUGUUUUUUGCGGCUCACAUGAUCGCUCAGUAUACUGCAUCGAUCCUGCAAACGGGUCAUUAAUCUGGCGCUUCCAAACCACAGGCAAGGUGUAUUCCAGUCCUUUUGUUUUUGAUGGUACUCCCUGGGGCGAAAAGACCCUGGUAGCUGUAGCGUCAACUGAUGGAACCCUGUGGAUUCUGGAUGGAGAUCAGGGAACAGUGAAAUCCUCUUUUUCCUUACCUGGAGAACUUUUCUCCUCUCCUGUCGUGUGGGGUCACACUAUAGUGCUGGGAUGCCGGAAUGACAAUGUGUACUGCUUGGAGUUGACUAGCAGGAAGGAAUAAGUAAAGGAUCUCUAUGAUGAUCUAUAAGGGUUCAAGUCAAACCGGUACUUUUGAUUAUAAGAGUAAAACUUCUUUUAUUUCUCUAUAUAAUCUCCUGCAACACUAACGCACUCAUCUCAGCGUUUCACUAGUGCUUGGAUAACAUCACGGUAGAAAGUUUUCCCAGCAUGCCAGAGCCAUGAUUGGAUUGCCUGCUUCGUGUCCGAAACACUGGCCUCCCAGGAACUCAUUUAACGGCCAAACAUGUGGAACCAAACAACCAACUCGAACGUGGAAUUCGAACGUGGAAGUCUCCUGUGAAUGUCAAUCAGUUUUAUGCCUUCAUUCACCAGAAAUUUCGGUUUGACUUGAAGACCCUUUAGAAAAUGUUCUUUCUGGUUUAAUGUGUAAAUAGUUAUAGAAAAUGUAUAUACAAAUUUCCAGAAUAACAAUUAAUAACAGAAUUAAAUUAUUAUUACGUUAAUAUAUUAUUUUUGAAAUAUUCCUAGAAAGAUUUUAAACCAAAAACAGCUCAAAAAACAAUACGCAAUACGUUGAACAUCUGUCUUUAAUGUUUUUUGUUUUUCUUAGAAUGUUCAUUGAAGUAACUUUUGUAUUAAUGGAAAAAUGACUUCUCAUGUGUAUUUAAAAAGGAAAAAAGUAAUUACCAACAAACCGCUUUUUUAUUUCAAUGUUACAUACAACACUGUUUUGACGCUACACGAUUGCACACGACCAAAUUAAAAACAAAGCGACAGAACUUUGUCAGGGAUCUUUAAAGGAACACAGUGCAGUUCAGUCCACUUCUGUACAUUGAUACCUACGUACAUUACAUUACAUA